GCUGCUUCCUGCCCUUUGCAUGCAGAGAGCACACGAGGAGGACUUGCAAGUUCCCCUGCCUCCAGCAGACAUCGCUGCCAGGGCCUCGGAGCACAGCUCCCCGCAGGGGCCGCCGCAGGGCAUGGACUCCCAGGUCAAGGAGGGCCUUAGGACAGGGGCUGACGUCCGGGAUAAUCAGGGACCCCUCCUCUUCAGCACAUUUAAACCCAACGGUCUCAGCAAAGAUGACAAUGCGGACGAGCCAGCCCAGCUGGACGAUGCCAGUGCUGGGCUCAGCAUGGCGCCAGCCGGGGCCCAGAAAGAGAAGCAGCCUCCUGGCUCUCAGAGGGACCAGGGCACCUAUACCAGGGCCCCUCUCAGCUCGUGGCCGGCGGCCAGUGCCAAGCUGAGCUGGUCUCUGCUCGGGGAUCCUGUGCAGGGAGCGGAGACGCGGGCGAGGCUGGGGCCCAGGCUGGACCCUCCCGAGGCCCCGUCGGCGCUGCAGGCCCGGACCCGGGCGUGGUUCAAGCGCACGCAGGCGAGCCGGAUCUGCCAGCAGGGGGAGCUGCCGCCCUGGUUUCACGGCUUCAUCAGCAGGAGGGACACGGAGCAGCUGCUGCAGGAGAAGCCGCUGGGCUCUUUCCUGAUUCGCUUCAGUGAAAGCACUGUGGGAUUUGUCUUGUCGUACAGGGGCAGAGAUCGCUGCCGGCACUUCAUCCUAGAUCAGCUGGAAGACGAGUGCUAUGUGAUCCUAGGAGAGAACAGCGCCCAUGUCGAGCUUCAGGGCCUGCUUCUGCACUACACCACCGCCCCUGUCACCCCCUACUACGAGUUCCUGACAGCACCAUGCCCCAGGGGCGACAAGAGCCGAGGGAAUGGUGGGAUCCCAGCUGAAGCCGAAGCAGGGUCUGGUGCCCCACUCGAGCCAGCAAACGUCCCCCCAGCAGCAAGUGGCCAAGCAUACAGCCUGGUUCUCAGACAGCCCCAGGCCCCCGGCCAACAGAGCCAUCCCUGCCCGCUGGCUGCAGAGCAAAGGAAUGAGGGAUGCCCUUCCAAGGAGGCUCCCUGUGCCAUUCCCCUGCUCCCCACCAAGGCUGGCCCCACUUCGAGGCCGAGCAGCCCUGUGCAAGAGACAAGGGCCUCUGCAGAGCCUUACGCCCACGUCAGCAAAGCGCCCGUCCCAGCUGAGCAGCCCAUGCCGGCCCAGCCCACAGGGGCCAAGUACCAGCAGCUGAUGCGCUUCCACACCUACGCCGAGCCCCACGAGGGCUUCCCGCCCCCCGAACGCCGCAUCUACUAUGAACCCGACGAGCCCAUCCCCUUCUACGCCAUGGGACGAGGCUCGCUGCCCAACCCCAACCCCGAGAACGUCUACGCGGAGGUAGAACUGGCGUGCCGGCCCCGGCCCCAGGCUAUACCCAGAGUCCUGCAGGACACGGUGUCCACCUUGCCUCGGGGCUUAACCAGAUCUCCCGCCGAGCCGGCCCCAGGACACCACAGGCUCCGCCGGAGCAUGUCGGGGCAGGGGUCCCGGAGGAGGCGGUUGCCUGCAGCUCUCGCCGUCGAGGGGGCCCAGGGGAGGCCAUGUGGGCCGUCCUCGGAGAACCCGCUGAAGUUUGACGACCCAGUUUACGGCAGGAAGGCGGCCACCCUGACCAGACCGGUGGCCACCACGGGACGGGAAGGUCUAGAAAACAUUUACGAGCGGAUUUCUGGAGACCAUCCUAGCCCGCCCGCCUCGGGGAGCAGUAACUCCUAGAGCCCUCCCACAUUCAAGGCAAGCCAGCAGGACACCCCCUGCCAAGGGUUCCCGGGCUUGAGAGCCGCCGGAGAAGACUUCUUCAACAUCAGCUGCUCUCCAAGGAUAUGUCUACACUAGUGUAGACCAGGGCUAGGACACAGAGUUGCUGCAGACAUAAGCCCUCAAGACACUGCUGCUCUGACCGCCUCUCUCAUGUUUGUGCAUGGAGCAGCCUCCUCCGUGAAUUCAAGGAUCACAUGCUCUCCCCCCUUCUAAGGGUGGGAGUUUCAGGAAGCAGGAAGAUCUUUCCAUCAAAAGGACAAUGAGAUCCAACGCCAAUAAAAAACCCAGUGAGGUCCUCGGCUCACAAAGUCUCUUCCUCACAGCUACAACACCAGCUCUGUCAGUUUUCCCAUCCUUCCUGCUCUCAGUUGCUUGGUACUCAAGAUUCAUGGCUUUUUUGGACCCCUGAUGUCAUCUCCUGCCCCCCCCCCCCCACCACCACCACCCAGAAGGGGGUCUUUGCUUCUUGGUGUCAUUGGGCAGUCGUAGAAGCUGCUUCAUGGGGUGGAACUACCAAGCCCAAAUGGGAUGACGAACAUCCUCUGGCGUUGGAGACACACACUGACUCGACGCCGCAGAGCUGCUCAGAUAAGGAUUCUUAUUUUUAAAUCAGGGGAAUAAACAGAAGCAAAUGGGAUGAAAUAGACUUGCACGCAGGGCUUAAAUGAGGGGCAGCUUCAGGGUUUAAGUUCCAUGUUAAGUCCUAUGGACCCUCUGCUGCUUGAUCUGUAACCAUGAUGGGCUGUAUUUCGUUCCCACUUCUCAGGGCAAGAAUUUAUCACCGCCACGCACUGUCUGUAAAUAAAAGCAAUGGGCCUUCAGUGAGAUGUGAACUGCCCUUACGGUGUCUUAGCAUCCUCAGAUAGAACAAAUAGAAGUAGUAUUUGAUCCGGAUGCUGCUCAGCCCAAACACAGCUAUAAAUCCUCCCCCCACAGAUGGGUCACCAGGCAGGUUCAAAGGCAGCAUGUUCAGAGAGGAAGGAUGGUCUUUAGGCUCAGGCCCAUGGCAGAGACAGGAUUCCCUGCCCCCUUGUGUCAUCGCUGCUGCAAGGAACAGCUGCCAGUUAAGAGCAGCACAUGGCAGCGGGAAGGGGCACAGAGCGUAGAGGUACUAGGGGAUGUGGGAAGAGAGUGGCAGGGCUACGAAAUGGAUGGAUUGUGGAAGGUGGUAGGCAGGAAAUGCUGCAUGCUACAAGGAUGGUCUGCAAGAAGCCUCAUUGCCAGGGGAGAGCAGCGGAGGGUUCCACUAGGUAACAUACGGAGGAAAGGCCUAGGGAACGCUGCAGUUAGGAACAAAAAAAUAAAUUCAGAGUGAAGGUGAAACUUACAAGAAAUCCUAAACAUGUGAAAGGUCCCUAAGACCCCCAACACCUCUUCCCCAACGCAGCCCGCUCUCCUGGGGGUGACCUGACUCAAAAGUGUGCACCUGGCAACAUGGCUACUAAGCAGCAGGCAGCCAGAGAGCUUCUGGUGUCUGCCUAAUUCUUCCCCCUUCUCCACCCCAAGACCUACCACUUCUCUGUGAGGAGGGCAGCCACAAACCCUACCACCAAACAGACCAGCGUAAAAGCAACUGCCAGGCUCAUAUGAGCCAGCAUCUGGGCCAAUAGGCUCCUCCAUGUUUCAGCUCCAUUGGAAGAAGCCAUUUGAAUGUUCCAUAGCCCUGAAGUCUCCCUUUAAACUCUGGCUUUCCCUUCACACAUCACCUGCAGGAGAAAGGUCUGAGCAGUUGGCACUUUGAGAGGCAGGCACCUCUUCAGCCCCUCAUUGACCUGUGACCGCCCCAGCUUUUCAAUUCCAGGGGAGGGGGGAAUAGUUUUGGUUUCCACCUUUUGCCCCACAAGGUCACCUCCUAUUCUCCAAUGUAGAAAUACUGCCAAUACUCAGGCACAAAGUCGCCUGUGUAUAGGUUUAGAGUAGUCCCAGAUGUUCCGGGUCCUGGUCUCGAUUCCCAUUAAGACUAAGGCAGGGUCUACACUACAGACUUGUGUCAGUACAACUGCAUCACUCAGGCAUGUAGGAAAUCUACACCCCAGUG